AUGCGGCGAGGAGAGGGUGCUACUCCUUGCCCCUCGCCGCAGUUCGAUGGCGAGAUUUUGGUGGGUAUCCAGGGAGUUGUGAUGAAGAAGUUGUGGUUUGGUUUGGCUGCGUUGCUGUUGGUUUCGCCCGUGGCAUGUCGCGGCGAUAAGGCAAAGGUCGAGGACACCUCCGGCCAGGAAAAUGUUGCUCAGACAAACGUCAAACAGGCGCAGCAAGACGCCGAGGCCGCGCUCGAGAAACAACUCGACGCGCUCUGGAACCUCCAGAUGAAGCGCUCCCCCAGGUGGGCCACCUACGAGGGCAUUCGCGACUACGAUGAUAAGCUCUCGGACCUCUCGCCAGAGGCCGAGGAGCGCUACCUCCAACAGGUCGAGGCGAUCGCCAAAGAGGCCGAAGCGAUCGACCCCGCGGCGCUCUCGCCGAUGUCCCGCGAUACGCGCGCCAUGAUCCUGAUGAGCGCCAAAAACAAGCGCGCCUUGCAGGUCUGUCACACCGAGUGGUGGAGCGUCGAUGGGUUGGGUGGUCCGCAGGUCUCCUACCUGAUGAUGCCCGUCUUCCACAGCAUCCGUACCGAGAAGGACUUGCAGAACCUCGAGGCCAGGUAUCGCCUGACCGGCGAGCAGAUCGAUCAGACCAUCGCCAACCUGACCGAGGGCAAGAAGAAGGGUUACACGGCUGUGCGCGUCAACGUCGAGCGCGCCAUCGCACAACUCGACGCCUUGCUCGCAAGACCUGUCGAGGAAGACCCGAUGCUUCGCAUUCGCCCCGCGAAAGAGGGCGAUUCGUUCGACACGACCUCGCUGCAAGCGGCGGUGAAGGAUGCCGUUCGCCCAGCGCUCACGCGCUAUCGUGACUUCCUGAAAGCAGAGAUUCUGCCCGUCGCGCGUGACAAGGUCGGCAUCUCCGAGUUGCCCGAUGGCGACAAGUGUUACGCCGCCAGGAUGCAGAAUCAUAUCGGGGAAGGUUACACCGCCAAACAACUCCAUCAGGCGGGCCUCGACGAGCUCGAGGUGCUCGGCAAAGGGAUGGUCGAGGUCGGUAGCGAGCUUGGCUUGAAGAGCCCCGAGCGUAAAGAGGUCAUCGACUGGGUGAAAAAUAACCCUGACCACUACGCGCCCGAUGCUCCUACGCUGGUCAAGCUCAACGAGGAAGCCGUGGCGCGUGCAGAAGCCGCGAUGCCUGAAUACUUCGGGAUACUGCCAAAGACGCCGGUGGUCGUGCGUGAGCUCGAACCUCACCGCGCUCCUGAUGCGCCAGCGGCCUAUUACAACCCACCACCAUCCGCAGAGGGCGAUCGUCCGGGCAUCUACUACGUGAACUCUUACGAGCCCAGCACCAGGCCGCUCUUUAACCUCGAGGCGCUCGCAUUCCACGAGGCGAUCCCUGGCCACCACCUCCAGAUCGCGAUCGCCAAGGAGCUUCCAGAUGUGCACAUCUGGCGCCGAAAUGUUGGUCAGACGGCGUUUGUCGAGGGGUGGGCGCUCUACGCCGAGGUGCUCGCUGGCGAGAUGAACCUCUACUCGAGCCCGCUCUCUGAGUUCGGCAUGUAUAACUAUCAGGCGUGGCGCGCCGCGCGCCUGGUCGUCGACACGGGGAUUCACACCAUGGGGUGGACGCGCCAGCAGGCGAUCGACUUCAUGACAGAACACACCGCGCUCCCCGAGAACGAGAUCGCCAACGAGGUCGAUCGGAGUGAGGAGAUGACCGAGCAAGCAGAUGACGCGCUCGUCGAGGCUAUCGUCGCGCACGCCCAGCGCCGCCUGGACGAGCAGGCAAACUCGCAGUUGGCCAAGGAGAUGGCCGCCUACAUGAAGACCGAGAUGCCUUUCUACGGAGUGCAGAGCCCGGCUCGCCAGGAGAUCCUGCGGGAGCUAAAGAGAGAGCAUAAGAUCACAGAUGCCGCCACGCAUAUGGCGGCAAUCAAAGCGCUCUGGGCGUGCGAGCAUCGCGAGGAGAAGUACCUCGCGGUGCGCCUCGCCAGGGCUUACCCGAAGCUCCUCACCUUCGGCUACCUCGACCUCUUCCUGAGCAUGAUCCGCGAGGGCUCCUGGUGGGACUUCACCGACGAGAUCGCCAGCAACCUCGUUGGCAAGAUCCUCGAAAAUCACCCGGAAGAGACCUGGCCAUUGAUGGAUGAUUGGCUCGAAGAUGAGUGCAUGUGGAUCAGGCGCACGGCCUUGAUCGCGCAGCUUCGCUUUAAAGAGAAGACCGACGUCGCCUGGCUGCUCGAGGCGUGCGAGGCGCUGAUGCACGAGAAGGAGUUCUUUAUCCGCAAGGCGAUCGGUUGGGCGCUGCGCGAGCUCUCGCGCGUCGAGCCCGAGGUCGUGCGCGAGUGGACCGACGCCAACAAGGAGAACCUCUCCGGCCUGAGCUAUCGCGAGAUGUCCUACGAGAGCGUGUUUCGCCCCGAUUUGUUCGCCAAUCAGACCAUCAUCGUCACCGGCGGCGGCAGCGGUAUCGGCCGUUGCACGGCGCACGAGCUCGCCAGCCUCGGCGCCAGCGUCAUCCUCAUCGGCAGAAAGCAAGAGAAGCUCGAGCGCGUCCAGGCCGAGAUCGAGGAGGAUGGAGGCCAAGCCGUCUGGUGGACCUGUGAUAUCCGCGAUGAAGAGCGCGUCACACAAGUCAUCAAGGAAGUCGUCGAAGCCCACGGCACCAUCCACCACCUCGUCAACAACGCCGGCGGUCAAUACGUCUCGCCGCUCCAGGCGAUCAACAAGAAGGGGUGGGACGCGGUCGUUUCGACAAACCUGACCGGCGGCUUCAUGAUGGCGCGCGAGGUCUUCAACCAGUCGAUGGAGGAUAGCGGCGGCUCGAUCGUCAAUAUCAUCGCCGACAUGUGGCGCGGGAUGCCCGGCAUGGGUCACUCGGGCGCAGCGCGCGCCGGGAUGCUCAAUUUCACACAGACCGCGGCUGUCGAGUGGGCCAGGGCAGGCGUGCGCGUCAACGCCGUCGCGCCAGGCUGGAUCGCCUCGAGCGGGAUGGACACUUAUCCCGAUUACGUCAAGGCGACCUUGCCCGCGCUUCGCGACGCGAUCCCGCUCAAACGCUUUGGCACCGAGGCUGAAACCAGCGCCGCGAUCGUGUUCCUGCUCUCUCCGGCGGCGGCGUUUAUCACGGGCACGUGCCUCUCUGUCGAUGGCGCAGCGCCCCUGUUUCCCGCCACGUUCCCUGUCCCGGACCACGACAAGUCCGAGGCGUUCGAUGGCUUCCAUCGCUCCACCAAGCUCGACUUCAUGGACGAGUAA